AUGUCGGACCAAACGUCUUGGGAAUCCAAAUUCCGCCCGAGAGAGAUCGCGGCCUGGGAGUGGGAAAAGGUCAGGGAUGUGUUCGAAGAGCUCUACAUAGAGCAGGGCCAAACGCUCAAAAUGAUAAGACAACAUCUGGCGGAAGAACACGGUUUCUACGCAAAGUAUGUGUUCAUCCUGCCCCCCGCUUCUUUUUGCGCUUCCACCAUCAGCGACUAACGCCCCGCAGCGAGACACAAUACAAGAAAAAGAUCCGUAAAUGGGAUAUUCAGAAGAACCUCAGCCGAGAUAAAAUGGUAGCAAUCGUGCAAUUAUUGGAUCAUCGGACUGCAGAAGGCCUCUCCACCAUGUUUUCCUUUAACGGAAAAGAGCUCAGUCACGAGAGGAUUGACCGAUCAAGGAAAAGGUUCAAUCUGCCUGGACCCGAUGUCCCGAUUGAGGGAGAGAUUCAAUAUGAGAUUGGUGGGUAAACCUAUUUUUGGACUCUUACUCGUUUUCUCUUUUUUUUAUUUUUUACUUUUUACUUUGACUGCUUCGCUCUUUUGGGUCUUUUCGUUCAUCGUGGCAACGAUUGCUAACUUAUGAUCUCACCGCUCUGCAGAAGGCGUUGAGUAUUGGGAUCCCGAAGCGGAUACACGAGCGUUGCCACAUGACACUGGGUGCCUCGCACAACCAGAGCCCCAGGCAUCAGAACGGCUUGCACCGGUGGGGAAGCAAGAAAUGCGAUCCCCAUCGCUCCUGGAAGUGCGAGUACCACUCCAUGAAGGUGUUGUAUACGUGGCGCAAGGGGAAAUUCCCACCACGAGGAAUCCUGAGCAGAACGGAAACUAUGGAGCCGCUUACCAACCGUCGGAUGACGACGAGUUCUACGCUAAGCCUUCUUCUAAAUUCGUCCCAGUAAACGCGGAGAAGCUGAAUCAGGCGUCAAAGCGCCCUUGCAAUGACUCCGAUGCUGGUGGCGCCGUGGACAAUAGAAAGUCACGCAGGACCUCACGGCACUGCGAUAACGAGGACUCGUCAGACGUACUCCCUCAACCAGCGCACGUUAUCGGGAACAGCAACAGAGAGGGGAAUGAGAGCUCAAGUAUGCCUAUUCCCACUCCCAUGCCUGUGGAGCGUGGGGGGUCUCUGGUGAGUACCAGUACAUCGGGAGAAGUUGGCUCGCCGGGACUUGGGCUCCGGGUUCUCAGUAUACGCAGCGCGGGUUCGUCCUCGCCGGAACCUCCGCCAUCUGGUCCGAUCUUGGGCGGUGGAUCGCCGCCACUGCCGCCUCCGGAGCAACGGGGUUCAAAUAUUUCCUUGCCACCGUUCUCGAAGCUCGAGGCAUGUUCAUCGUUACCGCCACCACGACGUGCGGGGCCGGUAUCAAGAGCAUCACCCCCACCACUGGUCCGGUGGGGCUCGGGUCCACCGUCACCGACUGUGGCAUGGGGGCCUGGACUACCACCACCGCCAAAACAACGGAAGGGUUCGACUUUGGCGCUGGCUCUGGGGCAAAAUCCCGCGCCAGGUUUGAAUGAUAUCGAUUCGUCCGAACCACUUGGUACGGGUGACUAUUUGGGAGGCGAUGCGGUACAGGUCCCUGGCCCUGUAGGGCCACUCGUUGAGCCCACCACUAGGAGGACACCGAGAGAUGGGUAUAUUCAUGGGGCGGCCGGUGCCAACGAGUCUGGCCCUGAACCACCACCGCCUCCAUCACCAAUGUCGCUGGUAUCGGUGUUGUCGUCGUUGCCCCCCUCCCCGCGUCAUUCCCCAUUACACCCACAGCCCCCCCACCACGAUAGCUCAUCACCCGAACCAGCAGCAGCCUCGCUCCUAGUCCCCACAUCGCAAGAGAUCACGAGGUGGCUCAGUGCAGCCACCCGUUACUCCACAAGAUCCUGGUGGAAUGAUCUGCAGGAUCUAGGAAUCCCGGGGGCCCAGAGCCUGGAAAACCGCCUGGGCCGCAACCACCCGGAGACUCUCUAUGCCCUGGGCGCGCUUGCAACACUCUACACCACCGCUGGUAGAGAUGCGGAGGCCAGGGAACUGCACAGGUACGUAUAUGACGAGCUCCGCAAGCUCUUUGGCUCAACGCACCCUCGUACCAUCACAGCACAGCAUAAUCUCGCGGGCGCGUACCUGGCCCAGGGCGACUACCCCGCCGCACUAGCCAUGGCAAAGGAGGCCGUGGAACAUAGUAAAACUGUGCACGGGGCCGACCACGCCGAGACUUUAUCCUCCUCGGUGCAAUUGGGCUGCGUACUAUCGAGGCUAGGGGAAUUGGACGAGGCUAUGCAAAUCGCGAACAGCGUGGUAGAAGCGCAGCAACGGAAACCGGGGGACAUGGCGAACCGGCACAUCACCGUAUCAGCAAAGGGGCUGCUCGGCAUCCUCCUCGAGAAGAAAGGCCGCCACUAUCACGCCAAGGCGAUCCUAGAGGAAGUCCUUGCCCGGCAGGAGAGGCUAUUCGGAGAGGACCACCCAGAGACACUUUCCGCUAUGGACUCUCUGGGUACGGCAUACCUAUCCCUCGGGGAGCCCGCCAAGUCUGAAGAAAUACUCCGCCGCACAGUGGACCUCUCUACUGAAAAGCUCGGGGAGAAACAUCCGGACACGCUCACCUCCAAACACAACCUUGUCAACGCCCUCCUGAAAAAUCGGCGCUUUUACGCGGCGAAGGACCUCGCGGGAAAAGUGUACGCCGAAACCCGCCAGGUCCUCGGCGAAGAGCACGUGGAUACCGCGCUCUCCAUGGUGAACCAGGCGUCCGCGCUCAUGGGCCUUGAAGACGUCUCCAGCGCGGUAAAUAUCCUCCGGGCUACGGUGGAUAAGUUGGCUGUGAUUCUGCCCGCUGGGAAUUACCAGGUGCUCAUGGUAAAGGAGAAGCUUGCUCGGGGAUUGCUGGACUCGCUUAGGUUCCCCGAAGCAGAGAGGGUCAUGCGCGAGGUGCUCGUCGAGAGGAAGUGUGCCCUCGGGGAUGCACAUCCCGAGACUGUUCGUGUGAAGGAGUGGCUGAGCAUGUGCCGGGCAAGGAUA